AUGAGCGACUGGGUUCCGCGCGAUAUCAAGCGACCACAGGAAGAUCAUCGACCCGAUGCUGAAUUGUCGUAUAUUGUCGAGCAAACUCCAACAAACCGCCAUCUUCUGGGAUAUCUCUGUGUGUCGUUUGCUGCACUGCAGGAAACACACAUCGCAAGCCGUCCCGUCAUCAGCGUCGGAGAUUACACCAUCUAUUGUGGCGAUGCUGAUGAAAAGAAGGAGGAAACAACAAUAGUACAAACGGCAGCUGCAGCGCAAAUUCCGAAACUCCCAGUGAUACCUAUACCGACGUUCACAGGGAAAAUAUGGGAAUUUUCGAAUUUCUGGACACUGUUCGACGCUAAUGUACACCAGCAACCUUUGACGAGACUUCAGAAAUUCAACUAUCUCGUCAACGCCCUGAGAGGAGAAGCCAGGGAACUAAUACGCCGUUAUCCCAUCAUUGAUUCAAAUUACGAUCAGGCAGUUGACCUCUUACACUCCAAAUACGGCAAUGAGUCAGCUCUCAUCGGGAAUCUACAAUUGCGUUUGGAAACGGCAAAAGCCGAAUCAGGGAGAAUCAAAGCACAGAGACGCCUUCUGGAAACGAUCACUCCGAUCGUUACGCAACUGCAAGAACAAAGGGUCAACCUCGACGGAUCCUACUUCUCGCAGAAAACUCUUGCCAAGUUCUCGACCACUCUGCAGCGUCAAGCAUUACAAGAGUACGUCUCGCAGAAUACGCAAGAAAGCGAUUGGAAGAUGAGUCGCACGCUGUCAAUCCUUGACAAUCUUAUUUCCACCGAAGAAAAAAUCAAUGAAAUGGUGAAUAGAAAUGAUCGAGUGGGUACAACAUCCACUUAUCAAUCGGAGAAAUCUAUGAGGAUUCCUUCUCAAAACGUGGAACGGUCAAGAGGUAUCCGUAUGAUGUGCCGCCGCGUAUCCAGGAGGCUAAUGAGCGUCGUUAAUUGCACCGCGCGUCUCCUGAUACCGUCAUAA